AUGGCCCGGAACUUCCUUCACUUCCCCAAGGAUGAUGAAGCAUCAAUCUCGUCCUCCAUGGAUGACAGCGCGUACAUGAGCCAGCCUGACACUGGUAGACGCGGCAAGAACGAGAACUACCACAUGCCCCAGGACACAAGGAGCCAAAUCAUGGAGCCCCUCUCGCACAUCUACUCGCCCACCCUGAGCGUGCAGAGCCACGGAACCUUCACUGGAUCUCAACCCGACAUGAGCAACAUCAUGUUGCCUUCCACUGCCGGAUCGGACGCCGACUUCACUAACUUCAACAACGCACAGGUCGCAUCGCCGACCGACUUCACCUUCAGGGCACCCAUGCAGAGCCACACUUGGGGCACUGAGUCCCAGAGCUACAGCGCUCCUUUCGCGUCUGGCUCCAUUGAUGCUCCUGCUACCUUCCUGCACCGUCAGAACAGCUACCCCAGCCGUGCCGUCUCGCAGCCGUUCUUCGCUCAAUACCCUACGUACGGCAUUGACAGCAUGAUCAGCAACACCCAGAGCGUGCCCGAGCAAAGGAGGGUACGAUCUCCGUUUGACCGUGUCCGUGCUACGGCAAGGCCGGCUGACGUUCAGCGUCCCACUCUGCAGCACUCUGACUCCAAGCCCCGCUUUGAGGGUUCUGACAUCCUUUCCCCUGCCUCCACCGUCAUGACUUCGCAGUUCCCCGUUUUCCACGGCGGUUCCGAGUACGGCGAGGAGCCGAGCUUCAUGUCCAUGGCUGGCUCCGACAACAUGAUGGAGUCGGCGACUGUUCAGCCAUCCGCUAUGAGCAACGCUGAUAUCGACGAGGAGGAGGAGCACGAUGCUGCUCGCAAGUCCAGCGAGGAGGCUGAGGUCAAGUUGGCCCGUACUCACCCCCUCUACUCGGCACAGCCGCAGGCAGAUGAUAUGUACCACUGCCCCUUCGAGGGUCAGGCCAACUGCCAGCACAAGGCCACGAAGCUCAAGUGCAACUACGACAAGUACGUUGACUCGCACUUGAAGCCCUUCCGCUGCAAGAACGCGAACUGCAUCAACGUCGAGUUCUCUUCCACUGCCUGCCUCCUCCGCCACGAGCGCGAGGCUCACGGCAUGCACGGCCACGGCUCCAAGCCCCAUCUCUGCGCCUACCCUGACUGCGAGCGUGCCAUCCCCGGCAACGGUUUCCCGCGUCGCUACAACCUGUACGACCACAUGAAGCGCGUUCACGACUACACCAGCCCCUCUUCCCAGACUGAGCCCAGCUCUCCUCACGGCCAGUCUGCUAAGCGUUCCACCAGCCGCAAGCGCAAGGCGACUGGUGCCGUUGAGCAGCCUGAGAAGCGCCAGAGGACUGCUGCCCAGAUCAAGCAGGCCAACACUGCUCGCCAGAGGGACCAGGAGAAGGAGCGCCUCCGCCAGGCCUGGGCCGAGCGCAUGGCUGUCCUUCAGCAGCGCCUUCGCACUCUCAACGAGCCCAAGGACGCUGAGGGUCACCAGCAGAUCAUCGAGGACGCUACGGCGCUCCAGAAGAUCGUCGCCCAGCUCACCGAGAUGGGCUGA